CUUUCCUUGUGGGGGUUUCGAUAGCUUUUGCUUCCAGCCUUCCAAAGCGGUAGAAAAACCCUCAAAACAGAGGGCCCCACUUCUCCCUCUGCAGGCCCCCACCCACUCCCCCGCUCAACCUCAAAGCGCACGGGCUCCCGCAAAACGAACUCGGUGGUGAGUAACGUCCCUCUCUGCGCUACUCUUUGCAAAGCGUCAUGAUCUAGGACCAACAACCUCUCGCGUCCCCGAAAACUAGUAUCCCACGACGCACCCCACAUUCACCGCUACUGCCCCGACAACACCUACUACCAUCCACUCGAAGAUAUGCCAGCCCGCGUAGAAGAAGGGAAACCUACCCCACUCGGAGCCACCUGGGACGGUCUUGGAGUCAACUUUGCUCUCUUCUCCGUUCACGCGACGAAAGUUGAGCUAUGUAUCUUUUCCGCCGACGGCACUGAGGAGCUGGAGCGGAUCGAGCUGCCCGAGUACACCGAUGAGGUGUGGCACGGAUACCUGCCGGAUGCUCGUCCAGGUACCGUGUACGGCUACAGGGUCUACGGCCCGUACGAGCCACAUAACGGGCACAGGUUCAAUCCCAACAAGCUGGUGAUUGAUCCUUAUGCAAAGAACUUUGUCGGCGAGCUCAUCUGGGACAACAUCCUCUUCGGGUACCAGAUCGGACACCCUGACAAGGAUCUGUCGUUCGACGACAGGGAUAGCGCAAAGUUUAUGCCAAAGUGUCAGGUGGUGGACCCCGCUUUCACUUGGGGACGGGAGAGGAAACCCGAGGUUCCUUGGGAAAAGACCAUCUUUUAUGAGACCCAUGUCAAGGGAUUCACCAAGCGUCACCCCGCCGUGCCAGAGAACCUGCGAGGAACGUAUGCUGGUUUGGGGCACGAGGCCGUCGUCAGUUACAUCAAGUCGCUGGGCGUCACGUCCGUCGAACUGCUACCCGUACAUUUCUUCAUCGACGACAAGUACCUGCUCGACAACAACCUCGUCAACUACUGGGGUUACAACUCGAUCGGCUUUUUUGCUCCCGACCCGCGGUACUCUGCCACCAACCGUAUUGAAGAGUUCAAGGAGAUGGUCGCUCGACUGCACGCCGCCGGCAUCGAGGUGAUUCUUGACGUUGUUUACAACCACACACCCGAAGGCAACGAGAUGGGUCCCACCAUGUGCUUCAAGGGGAUCGACAACAAGACGUACUACAAGAUGUACCACGAGAACAACAGAUACUACGUGAACGACACCGGAUGCGGAAACACCGUAGAUCUCUCGCACGGGAGGGUCAACCAGCUCGUGUUAGACAGUCUCCGAUACUGGGUCGAGGAGAUGCAUGUUGACGGCUUCCGUUUCGAUCUGGCCACCAUCUUGGGCAGAGAAAUGUGGGGUUUCAACGACAACGGCGCCUUCUUGAACUCGGUCCGGCAGGACCCUGUCUUGUCCCGCGUCAAGCUCGUCGCUGAGCCGUGGGAUAUCGGGUUGGGUGGAUACCAGGUGGGCCACUUCUCCCCUGGUUGGGCGGAAUGGAACGACAGGUAUCGCGACACGGUCCGUGAAUACUGGAAGGGCGACCAGGGCAGGCUACCCGAGCUCGCCUCUCGCAUCACGGGUUCCGGGGACAUCUUCUACCGCUGUGGCCGCAAACCCUGGGCCUCGGUCAACUUUAUCACCGCGCACGAUGGGUUCUGCCUGCAUGACUGCGUUUCGUACAACGAAAAGCACAACCACGCCAACGGCGAAGGCAACCGCGACGGCUCCAACGACAACCUGUCCUGGAAUCACGGCCACGAAGGGCACACAACAGACGAGGGCAUCCUCCGCCUCCGCGAGCGCACGAAGCGCAACAUGCUCACCACCCUCCUCUUCUCACAAGGCACCCCGCUCCUCCUCGCCGGCGACGAAUUCGGCCGCACCCAAAACGGAAACAACAAUACCUAUUGCCAAGACAACGAGAUCAACUGGGUCGACUGGGAAGGUAUCACCGACGACGGCAAGUCCCUCCUCGAAUUCACCCGCCGCCUCAUCUGGCUCCGCCAAACCUUCCCCGUCCUCCGCCGUAAUCGUUGGUACACCGGCGCCUUCAACGAAGAGGAAGGUGUGAAAGACGCCACGUGGGUCACGCCCGCGGGCACGGAAAUGACCGAAGAAACCUGGAUGGACCCCAACGCGCGCUGCAUGGGCAUCGUCUUCGAUGGUCGCGCCCAAGCAACAGGGAUCAAACGCCCCGGAACAGACGUCACCGUCCUCCUUAUCGUCAACUCCCACCACGACGUGGUCAACUUCACUCUCCCCGAAGCCGUCGGCGGCGCCCACUGGCAGCUCUUCGUCGACACCAACCAGCCGCAGCUCGUCAAAGCGCCCGUAUUCGAAUUCGGACACACGUAUGGCGUCACGGGCCGAUCGGCGCUGAUGUUUGCGCUCAGACGGGAAGAUGCGGAUGGGAAUGAGGUCGUUAGACGCGCGGUCAAAGCCGUUGAGCAGAUUGCGGAGAACCCGAUCAAUCUCGAGGUGCCGGAACAUGCGGGGGAGAGCAGUCUGACGAGGAAGAAGUCGUUGGCGAGGCCGGCGUCGUAGUCGUCGUGUGUAUGUGAUGUGUCUCACUUUCCCGCCCCACCCUCCGCUAUCCGACUUGGUAAAUAGCUAUACCCUAGCUUCAUCGAGAUAUCAGAAGCCCCAAUACCCCCCUGCUUUUGAUCCCCCGAUCCCCAUCCCUUCCCCUCUUUGACCUAGUACCACCUCAGUGGGAAACCAUACACGAACACAAAUACAGACGCAUAUAUGCAUGCUAUCCCGG